AUGAACACCUCGACGGCUUUCACGAGCCUCGACAAAGCCAAUUUACCAAUCAUCGACUACUCGCGAAUCGAGGUUUUCUUGGCCGAAAGUCCGCCCGAGAACCUAACCGAGAACUUCGAACUCUUGAACGCUGUCAAUGAUAUUGGUUUUAUCAACCUCAGUAACCACGGUACCACCGAAGGGAAGUUGAAGAAGCUGUUCGACCAUACCAUGAAGUUCUCAUUUUGUGCAAAGUCUGGCGAUCUUCUCUCCCGAUGGUUCGAUGACGACCUAAGAUCCGUUGAGCAUGGAGUCGCCGGGCCACUACUCGAACGUUUGAAACUAGAUGCUCAGGAUAGGCUGCCACCGCGGUUCAUUCCAGCGGGGUGCAAAACCCCUAACAGAAAUGCUUGGAUAGAGCCUCUAAGCUCAUGCAUCAUCGAACAAGACCCUCAGCGCUUCGAGGAUGUGUGGGCGGGCAAGCACAUAGCCGAUCGUAUCGCUAGAUUGCACAAGGAUGACAAGAUCUUCGAGAUGUGGCAGAAGUCAAUGUACAGGGACAAUUCACUGUUCAUUCCACUUAGGCGGGGCGACGGUUAG